AUGCCGCCUGCACAAGAAAGCGAGUUGGGGUCGCAGGGAGGGAACAACAACUCCAGUGACUUUGUUCGGAAACUAUAUCGUAUGUUGGAAGAUCCAUCAGAAUCAGAUAUUGUCUGCUGGAGUGACGAUGGAACUAGUUUUAUAGUAAAGGAUAACGAUCGCUUCACCAAAGAGAUACUCCCACAACACUUCAAACAUAGCAAUUUCGCCAGCUUUGUGAGGCAGCUUAACAAGUAUGAUUUCCACAAAGUACGGAACACAGACGACAACGCCCAGUAUGGCCCGAAUGCGUGGGAAUUUCGACAUACCGAGUUUGCGAGGGGUCAGAGUCACAACUUUGAUAUUAUCAAAAGGAAAGCUCCGACAACCAGGAAACCAGCUCCUGCGGAGGCUGCCUUUGAUACCAACCAGCAUGUCGGGUUAAUGAACGAGUCUCUUCAUGCAGUGAUCCAACAGAUGCACGAGCUUCAAACUGCAAAUCACAACCUGGCGAUGGCCAAUAGGAUUCUGACAGACGAGGUUUCGGGUCAUCAGAAGUCGUUAAAGCUAUUUACCCAGUACUUUCAUGAGAUUAUGAACCAUUUGGAGAACCAGGACGAGCGGAGACGAAAAACCACGCAAGCAAAUGGUGCUUCGGGAUCGGCCCAGGGAUUCACCGCCGGCGGUAUGAGCUUGCUUCCUGGAAGCGAUGAUGAGCCAGCGCCAGAACUACGACGUGCCCGAGAAGUGCUAGAGAGCAUAACCUCGAACAUCGAUGCAUCCCGCAAUUCCAAUGCUCUUGAAAGGCUGGCGCAGCAGCAGCAUAACAACGUCGCCUCGCCACCAGACUCGACGACAUCUUCCGCGGCCCUGCUCUCCCAACAACAGGCCUUCAACAUGACAUUCACUGGGGUCGACAUAUUUACGGACCAGAAACCAAUGGUAUAUCCCGUAGGACAGACCACAGGAAUCGACCCCUUCCAUGCCGACCAUAUCAAUAAUAUUCCUUAUUCACAGCCUCCGGCUCUGGGAGCCAUCGAUGCUCCGGCCCAGGCAACACCACCGCCAACGGGAGGGAUGGCAGCUGCCGUAUGGGAGACGAAACCGUGCAUAUUACUGGUUGAGGACGACAAGGUCUGCCAGCGCAUCGGAUCCAAGUUCCUUACCCAUUUUGGCUGCGAUGUUGAGACUGCCAUGAACGGAUUUGAUGCCGUCUCCAAGUUCUCAAGUAACCCCAACAGAUAUUCGCUAAUAUUCAUGGAUAUUAUCAUGCCUGAAAUGGACGGUGUGUCAGCCACGAGCUCGAUCCGUCAACGUGGCGCCGUUAUCCCAAUCAUAGCCAUGACCUCCAACAUCCGCCAGGAGGAUAUAACAACAUAUUUCGAAUUCGGCAUGAACGAUGUUCUGGCGAAACCAUUCACCAAGGAGGGAAUGGUCAGAAUCGUCAAGAAACACUUGAGCCACAUGCUCAAGUUUUCGGCGCACUCGCACGAAGAGGACUCUGCUUUCGCGGGCGAGAUGGCUGGACAGGCACCAAGCACGGUAUCUUCAACACCAUUCACUCCGGCAGGCCCUCAAAUGAUGAUGCCUCAGUCUGUGCAAAUGCAACCGCAAAUGGCGACUCCUCCUGCGCAUGGCAUGCAGCAACAUCUGGCAGCCCAACAGCAGCCCCACCAUCAGAUCAAGUUUGAAGGGACGAGCGGGGGAACGAUACCGGCAACGCCAAUCAAGUUUGAGAGUACACAUUCCCCUGCGUCUGUAGGAACUGUCGGUUGGGGAUCGCCAAUGAUGAACCACAGCGGUGCAGCUAUGGACGGCAGCACUGGUUUCUUGGGGGCAGGAAAUGGUGGCGGGGCCAUGAACCUCGGGACCAGCGGCACACAGCAAAGGUCGCCAGCGCCAUUCAACGGCAUGAUGACGAUGUCUGGACAAGCAGGUAUGCCAGGAGGAGGACCGAUGGCGGUGCCAGGGGGCAGCCACGCCGCUCUAGGCCCCAAUUCCAUGCAUCGCCUUUCGGAGCACAUGGCACCAAACAACAUACAGAUGCGGCGCAUGAUGGAUCACCAGGAUGACCAAGCCAACAAACGUCAACGUGUACAUGCCGGAGCCUCGACUAGCUACCAUUAG